CCAGCCGUGAGGUAGUGGUCCCGAAACAUGUCGCUUAUGCCUUGGUUUGACAUGCUGAAUAUGACCGGGGAUGGGAAUCUCCCUGCCGCCUAAAUCAGCGAUUUACUGUAUUGCAGCGAGACAUCUGGAGCUUUAAAACAAACAGAGACAAUCGGGCUCUUUAUUUAUUCAAGAGAAGAUGGCGGAGUUUUCGCCCGUCUUGCCGAUGCGGGAUGGAGGAGGACGAUUCGGCCAACCCAUCUUCCCUCGGUCCAGGUCCGGUUCCGAGUCAGAGAGCGAACUGUCCCAGAGCCUGGCCCGGACCAAGAUCCGCUCGUAUGGAAGCACAGCUAGCGUGACGGCCUCUCUGGGGGAGAAAUUCAUAGAGCAUCGGGUUACAGACAGUGACACCCUGCAAGGGAUUGCUCUCAAAUACGGCGUUACGAUGGAGCAAAUCAAGAGAGCCAAUAAGCUGUUCAGCAAUGACUGCAUUUUUCUGAGGAACAGCCUCAACAUCCCCGUGGUGUCGGAGAAGCGCUCCAUAUUUAAUGGACUGUCUCUGGAGUCUCCCGAUGGGGAGGGUGAGGCAGCGUGCCAGGAGGCGGACACGCCUUGUGUGGUGACGCAGGAUAUUGAGGGACCCUCGCCUCCCCCUUCCCCGCCCCCUGCGGACUCCAAACCCCCCCAGCCCCAGCAAGAGGAGCUGUCAGCCAAAGACUUCUUACACAGACUGGACUUGCAAAUUAAACAGUCAAAGCAGGCGGCACGCAGGCUGAAAGAAGAGGAAGUAAGGAGCAGCGAGGAGGACUACACGGCCCCCACGACGUCAUAUCAGGAGAUAUAAAGAACCAGUCUGUUUACCUGAAGCACUCUCAGAUGCACACACACACACACACACACACACAAACUACCACAACCUCGUUGCUUUUUUUCCUCGUUACCUUUUUUGCUUUUACCAAACCGCGUUGAACAAGUGUCAUGUUUGCCUUUUAUUUAUUGAUAUGCAAUUAUGAUGAUGUAUAUGAUUGUUACCGUUUUGUACAGUUUUACUGGGAGACUUUACGGCACAGGGGAGCAUCUGAUAUAAAUAGCAUCCAAGCAACACACACACACACACACGCCAUCCACUCGUCAUAUGCUUCUGACGCUGCUGUAUAGAGCCCACCUGCUGCAUAUGUCCACACACACGCACACACACACACACACACAGCGCUACGCAGAAGGAUUAGCCUGUUGGACUCGCUAACCGCUUCUGAUGUACUAAAUCCCCUCUUAGAAUAGUAUCAUCGGGAAGUAUAUUCAGGCCUUCCUCAUCAGUGUUUACCCCAUAUGAGCACACCACAAACAGAAGCAGUGGAUGGACUCAGGCCUUUGAACACGUUCUAUUUGCCUCAUAGAAGCUUUUUUCUUUCGGAACAGAAGGGACUGCUCUAUUUUUGAGGCGUGAAUGCAUUAUUUAUGUGUGUGCAGAACUGUCUUAUUACAGCUGUUUUAUUGUGAUUUAAAAUUAUCUUUUUU